AUGGCCGGAGAGAUGACCAUCUUAGGAUCAGCUGUUUUGACUCUCCUAUUGGCUGGUUAUUUGUCACAACAGUAUUUACCAUUGCCUACUCCUAAAGUGAUUGGCAUUGACCUUGGCACCACUUACUGCUCUGUUGGGGUGUUUUAUCCUGGCACAGGAAAAGUAAAGGUCAUUCCGGAUGAAAAUGGCCAUAUCAGCAUACCCAGCAUGGUGUCUUUUACUGACCAUGAUGUUUAUGUGGGAUAUGAAAGCUUAGAGCUGGCGGAUUCAAAUCCUCAGAACACAAUAUAUGAUGCCAAAAGAUUCAUAGGCAAGAUUUUUACACCAGAAGAGCUGGAGGCUGAAAUUGGCAGAUACCCAUUUAAGGUUUUAAACAAAAAUGGAAUGGUUGAGUUUUCUGUGACAAGUAAUGAGACCAUCACCGUUUCCCCAGAAUAUGUUGGCUCUAGACUAUUACUGAAAUUAAAGGAAAUGGCAGAGGAAUAUCUUGGAAUGCCAGUUGCCAACGCUGUUAUUUCUGUACCAGCAGAAUUUGAUUUAAAACAGAGAAAUUCAACGAUUGAAGCUGCUAACCUUGCAGGACUGAAGAUCUUAAGGGUAAUAAAUGAACCCACAGCAGCAGCUAUGGCCUAUGGUCUCCACAAGGCUGAUGUCUUUCACGUCUUGGUGAUAGAUUUGGGCGGAGGAACUCUAGAUGUGUCAUUACUGAAUAAACAAGGAGGAAUGUUUCUAACCAGGGCAAUGUCUGGAAAUAAUAAACUUGGAGGACAGGACUUCAAUCAGAGAUUGCUUCAGUACUUAUAUAAACAGAUCUAUCAAACAUACGGCUUCCUACCCUCUAGGAAAGAGGAAAUUCACAGAUUAAGACAAGCUGUGGAAAUGGUAAAAUUAAAUCUGACUUUUCAUCAAUCUGCUCAAAUGUCAGUGUUACUAACCAUAGAGGAAAAGGACAAGAAGGAAAUUCCGAAUAGUGACACUGAACUGUCAAAGGACAGACUGUCCCCAGCAGAUGGCCACCAUGUGAGUAGCAUGUUUGGAGCUGGCCUUUCUGAAAAGAAAAGUGGAGAAAGUCAGGUUUUAUUUGAAACAGAAAUAUCACGGGAGCUCUUUGACACCCUAAAUGAAGAUCUCUUCCAGAAAAUUCUGGUACCCAUUCAGCAAGUAUUGAAAGAAGGCCAUCUGGAAAAGACUGAAGUUGAUGAGGUGGUAUUGGUUGGGGGCUCUACUCGUAUUCCUCGAAUCCGUCAAGUCAUUCAGGAGUUUUUUGGGAAGGAUCCCAACACAUCUGUAGACCCUGACCUGGCAGUGGUGACGGGAGUGGCUAUCCAAGCAGGAAUUGAUGGAGGUUCUUGGCCUCUUCAAGUCAGUGCUUUAGAAAUUCCCAAUAAGCAUUUACAAAAAACCAAUUUUAACUGA